AUGUCUUACAAUAAAUCAAAAUUACAAAAAGAGUAUAAAAAAGUAUUCAAUUCGUCUCAAAGGAAAGACUCUGAGGUGGUACAAGCAGAUCGAAGUUCAUUAUCAUUAAAUAAUCGGCUUGUUUGGAUACCUGGAAAAUCAAAUACUUGUAAGCAUAACAAUACUUACAGUAAUAAUAGAAAAAUAAACAAUUCGUCUACAAGAUCGACUCAGUAUGGCGAGACCACGGAUAAUUUGAAUCAUAAUAAUGUCUUGAAAACAAACAAUACUUAUACCAUCAUUAACAUUGCAUUCAACGGAUCAUCACAAGAAAAAGUACCAAUUAAUUCAUUGGCAGAGACAAGACAAGUUAUUGUUCUUGAUCGACCACAGAAGAAAAUUGCAACCAAGAAAAAUGAUUGUUAUUUGCAAAAAUCGAAACACAACACUGAAGAUUAUUUUUUGGCAAUAAAAAAUGAACAAGAUGUUAUUUCUGUAACUGAUCAAUGCACAAAAACCUUAAACGACUGUUCAAUGACAGAUUGCAUAGAAAAUGCGAUUCAAAAGGAAAAAAAUAAUGAGUUUGAAAUAGGUUUUUUAAAUAAUCAACAACAGUUUGAGAUUAAAACAAUAAGCAUUUGA